CAAGAAGAAGACGUCACACAAACAUUGCAUUCCGCUCCGCCCGCGCUCCAGCAUUUCCCGUCUCUCUCACUCUGUCUCUCGCUCUCACUGUCUCUUUUGCUCCGCCUCGCCGCCCCCCACAGUGCUUCUCCGCCCCGUGCCCCGCGCCCCACAUCCUCGUGCGUUUGUGUGCGAUUUCUGGUUCAGGUUCUGAUUUCCCGCGUGUGCUUGUGUGUGUGCGCGCUGCAGUGUCUAUGUAUCUGCUACUGUUGCUGCAAGUUUGGCUACGCUAAAAUCACGAAUGCAGCUUUAACGUUACCGAAAAUCAAAAGAAAACCGCCUGCUAAAGCUUAAUUUUGUUGCACAGUGUUUUAAGUAUUAGGUGCUUGCAAGCAACAAACACACGUAGGAAGCAACAAAAACAACGAUAAAAGGCAACAUUACAAAUGCAGAGCAAUUGAAGCGCAAACACACACAAACAUUCGGAACGGCUGUUAGAGCGAGAUACAAAUAGAGUAGGCAUAAUUUAUAGUACUCAAAGAAAAGACGGCUAAUUUAUAACAGAAAAGUGUGCUGCAAGGAAUCGAUAAGUAACGGGAGUCAAGGAGCAGAAGAGGAGCAGCCAAUAAAUACUGUAAAUGCGAUAUUAAAGAGCGAGAACAACAACAACAAGCAGCUGUGAAUCACUCCGUCCCGCUCCCCCGCGCUUCCAGUCACUCCAGUUGCUCCACUUCCAGUGCCGGAUAUUCGGAUUUGGACACGGAUUCGGAUACGGAUUUGGCUUGCUUCGGAUCGCAUCGGUUUGGUUUGGUUUUGCUUACCAACUCGGAAUCCCACUUGGCGUUAGCGGAGUUCCCGUUUUCCCACAAGCAUGAGCCCGCCCAUAGUCACGCGACGGAGCGCGCAGCAGGCGAAGAUUCAGACGCGGGCAAUGGCCAGUAAAUCGAAGACGGGCACGGCAGGGGCGGCGGCGACGGCGGCGGGAGUGAUCAGCGGUGGCUCUGCCAGCGGCAGCAGCGGCAGUAUCAGCGGCGGAUUUAAUGCCGCCGAUCCGAGAAAGACGAACAAACCGAACGCAGCGCUCUUGGAGGCAAAACGUCGAGCACGGAACAACAUGCUCAAGAAUCAGGGCUCCAGCGCGCAUGAGAGCGUCACGGAUAUAUUCCAGAAUGCUGUCAAUUGUAAGGGUCUGGUGCGGAAACCCACUGCCCUGAUCUACGAUGAGUCCAUGAGCCAGCACUGCUGCCUGUGGGACAAGGAGCACUACGAGUGUCCCGAGCGCUUCACACGCGUCCUGGAACGCUGCCGCGAACUCAAUCUGGCGGAGCGCUGCCUGGAGUUGCCCUCGAGAUCGGCCACCAAGGAUGAGAUACUGCGCCUGCACGCCGAGGAGCACUUCGAGCGGCUGAAGGCGACCUCCGGGAUUCGCGAUGACGAGCGCAUGGAGGAGCUGAGCUCCCGCUACGAUUCAAUUUACAUUCAUCCGUCCACCUUCGAGCUUUCCUUGCUGGCCAGCGGCUCCACCAUCGAGCUGGUGGACCAUCUGAUUGCCGGAAAGGCGCACAAUGGCAUGGCCAUCAUCCGGCCACCGGGUCACCAUGCCAUGAAGGCCGAGUUUAAUGGCUAUUGCUUCUUCAACAACGUGGCACUGGCCGCCCAGCACGCCCUCGACGUCCACAAGCUGCAGCGCAUCCUGAUCAUCGACUACGAUGUGCAUCAUGGGCAGGGCACCCAGCGGUUCUUCUACAACGAUCCCAGGGUGGUUUACUUCUCCAUCCAUCGCUUCGAGCACGGCAGCUUCUGGCCGCAUCUGCACGAGUCGGAUUACCAUGCGAUUGGAUCGGGAGCGGGCACGGGAUACAACUUCAAUGUGCCGCUGAACGCGACGGGGAUGACCAAUGGCGAUUACCUGGCCAUUUUCCAGCAGCUGCUGCUGCCGGUGGCCCUGGAGUUCCAGCCGGAGCUGAUCAUCGUGUCGGCUGGCUAUGAUGCGGCGCUGGGCUGUCCGGAGGGCGAGAUGGAGGUGACACCGGCCUGCUAUCCGCACUUGCUGAAUCCUCUGCUGCGACUGGCCGAUGCCCGGGUGGCCGUCGUUCUGGAGGGCGGCUACUGCCUGGACUCGCUGGCCGAGGGUGCAGCGCUGACCCUGCGCUCCCUACUCGGUGAUCCCUGCCCGCCGCUGGUGGAGACAGUGCCUCUGCCGCGUGCGGAACUCGCCCAGGCCCUGCUCAGCUGCAUUGCCGUGCACCGACCCCACUGGCGGUGUCUGCAGCUCCAGCAGACCUACGAUGGCGCCGACUUGCAGGACCGGGAUAAGGAGCAGGAUCUGCACAAGGUGCUGCGCCAUUGGAUUGGCGGGCCACCGCCGGUGGAUCGUUACCCAACGCGCGAUACGGCCAUUCCGCUGCCACCGGAAAAGAUGGCCAGCAAUGCUGCUCGUCUGCAGGUGCUGCGCACGGAGACGAAGCUAUCGGUGCCGUCGGUGAGGGUGUGCUAUGCCUACGAUGCCCAGAUGCUGCUGCACUGCAAUCUCAACGAUACGGGGCAUCCGGAGCAGCCGUCGCGUAUCGAGCACAUCCACAAGAUGCAUGGAGAGUACGCUCUGCUGCCGCGGAUGAAGCUACUGUCCGCCAGAGCGGCCACCACGGACGAGGUGUGCCUGGCCCACACACGUGCCCAUGUGAAUACAGUGCGUCGAUUGCUGGGCCGUGAGCCGGAGGAUCUGUAUGGCGCUGCCGCGAUCUACAACUCGGUGUACCUGCAUCCGCGCACCUUCGAUUGCGCCACCUUGGCCGCCGGAUCCGUGCUGCAGGCGGUGGACAGUGUGCUGCGUGGCGAGUCCCGCAGCGGCAUCUGCAACGUCCGUCCGCCAGGCCAUCAUGCCGAGCAGGAUCAGCCGCACGGUUUCUGCAUCUUCAACAAUGUGGCCAUUGCGGCGCAGUAUGCCAUUCGGGAUUUCGGUCUGGAGCGCGUGCUGAUCGUGGACUGGGACGUUCAUCACGGCAAUGGGACGCAGCACAUCUUCGAGUCCAAUCCCAAGGUGCUCUACAUCAGCUUGCAUCGCUACGAGCACGGCGCCUUCUUCCCCAAGGGACCCGAUGGCAACUUCGAUGUGGUGGGCAAGGGUGCCGGCAGGGGCUUCAAUGUGAACAUACCCUGGAACAAGAAGGGCAUGGGUGACCUGGAGUACGCACUGGCCUUCCAGCAGCUGAUCAUGCCCAUUGCGUACGAGUUUAAUCCCCAGCUGGUGUUGGUAUCCGCCGGUUUUGAUGCCGCCAUCGGCGAUCCCUUGGGCGGAUGCAAGGUGACGCCCGAGGGUUACGGCAUGCUCACCCACUGGCUGUCGGCUUUGGCCAGCGGUCGGAUAAUCGUCUGCCUGGAGGGUGGCUACAAUGUGAACUCCAUUUCGUACGCGAUGACGAUGUGCACCAAGACGCUGCUGGGCGAUCCCGUGCCGACGCCCCAGCUGGGAGCCGCUGCGCUGCAGAAGCCACCAACGGUGGCCUACCAGAGCUGCGUGGAAUCUUUGCAGCAGUGCCUGCAGGUGCAGCGCAACCACUGGCGCUCGCUGGAGUUCGUCGGACGGCGGCUGCCUAGCGAUCCCGUCGUGGGCGAGAACAACAACGAGGAUUUUCUUACCGCCUCCUUGCGACACUUGAAUAUCUCAAAUGACGAUGCUUCGGGAGCGGCGGGCGGACCAGCCGGCGAUCAGCCCGAAGUCAAGGUAAAAACGCUCACCGAUUACUUGGCGGAGAACAAGGAGGCCCUCGAGCAGAAUGAGAUGUUCGCCGUUUAUCCGCUCAAGACGUGUCCGCACUUGAGGCUCCUGCGUCCGGAGGAGGCGCCCCAAUCACUAGACAGCGGAGCGGCGUGCAGCGUUUGCGGAUCGACGGGGGAGAAUUGGGUGUGCCUGAGCUGCCGGCUGGUGGCCUGCGGUCGCUACAUGAACGCCCACAUGGAGCAGCACGCGGUGGUGGCGCAGCAUCCGCUGGCGAUGAGCAUGGCCGACCUGUCCGUGUGGUGCUACGCAUGCUCUGCGUACGUGGACCAUCCCCGCCUGUAUGCCUACCUCAAUCCGCUGCACGUGGACAAGUUCCAGGAGCCGAUGGCCUGGACACAUGGCUGUGCGCGGCGCGAGGAUGGCUGCUAUGCGCUGGGCCCCGAUGGGCGAGAUGAGGACUCGGGGGAUGGCGUCGCCGGGAGCAGCUACUGCCUGCGACUGGAGCGGAACAACUGACCCUUGGCCAUCCGCGUGCUGGACGCCCUCACGGACUACUUGUGCGCGCUCUGUCCGCCACUCAGACACCUGAUCCAGUUCCUGGCCGAGCACCUCUGGCCGCUGCUGGAGCGCAUUUAUCUUAACCUAUUGCACUACUUCCUGGCCCACUGAGCAACCCCAUCCAAUCCUGCAGCCCGCAAUGUGUGCAUACCGCAUCCCAAUUGACCUGAAACGUGCUGGAGCUGACAGCCGGUCAUCCACUGGUGAUCCUGGCACCUGGCACCUGGUUCCCUACCAUUUAUACAAAUACAAAUUGUUAAAGUUAUCAACUAAUGAUCUAAUAAAGAGUUCGAGUGUUUUUCGAGUAUAUUUUAGAA